UCAGGCGGUUCUUUCCAGCAGCGUCGGUGUUGCACAGUCUAUGGUGUUGCAGCAGAGCUUCAGGAUCCGCUGUGACCGCAAAGAGGCUGAACCCCCGCACAGCGUCAGACCCUACACUCCGCAAAACACCGCACAGCCCGCCAUGAGCCCCGCGUGCUCCUGAAAACACGCGCAGAAAUCUAAGAGAUCCUCUGUCCAUUCAGAGGAGAGCAGGAGGAUGCUGAGCACUGCAGCAGACAUGCCGCGCCCGCUCCUCAUCACACUGAUCGCCCUCCUGUUCACCUGUGACGCCUUCAGACUGGGCUCCUCUCAGCGGGUCAUCCCCCUCAGUCCUCCGCUAGCUCGUCUCUUCCAGGACGAAGGUCAGUCCCAGCUGGACUUCAUCCAGGAAUUAGUCCGCACCAAACGCCACUCCGUCCCUGAGCUAGUGAGGGUCCAGCCUCACCUGGUCCAUGACAUGGGCUGGCCGGAGAUCCACGAGACGUCCCGCUCCCAGGGCAAGGUGGACACAGCUAACUCCUCCCAGUUAAACCCUCCAUCUUCGACCAACCAGGGUCAGAGCAGGAGCGGCGGAGACGAAAACAUGGACGUGGAGGACGAGAUGGAGCGUAUGGUUCACCUGGUGGCUCCUCAGGACGCUGAAAGCUUCAGGGGACCCUUGGACUCCUCCGACCCAGAUAAGGAGCCGGUCGGUGGGCCGGGAGCUGGAGACGCCUCCCUGGAAGCUUCUGGCUUUUACGGGACGGACGCAGAGGACAGAGAGAGAGGGGAGGAGGGGGGAGAGGAGAGAGAGAGACGAGGAGGGGGAGAGGACGAGUGGCAGAGAGAGGCUGGGGAGGACAGAGAGAGGAGAGGGGGAGACGUCAGAGAAGAGGAUGAAGAGGAAGAAGAGAGGGGAGGAGAAAGAGACGAUCAUGACGACCUGUGCCUCACAGGAUACAGCCCACCUUUUAACCUCUUCCGCCCCAAAGAGCCCGAUGCCUCCGUCCACACUGAGGAGCAGGAUCCUGGUCUUCAGGAGCACCAGGCUCCUUCAGUCCUGGAGGUGGGUCCUCUAGAGAGAGAGCUGUGGGAGGCAGAGAAGGAGGACGAUGGUCACGCCAGUGGUUAUGGCGUCCUUCACUCCUCCAUCACUACGCCCGGCGCCACACCUUCUCCUACAUCUGCUGCUGAUGGAGACUCUGGAGGAACUGUGACCCCAGAGACGGACACAGGAACAGACUUCGGCCUGCUGGGAAGUUACACCAAAGAUGAGGAGACAGAAAAGGAGGAGGAGGAGGAGGAGGAGGAAGAGGAGGAGGAGGGGGAGGAGGAAACAGGACUGGCAAACAAAGGCGUAUUUACCCUGAAUCCCACAGUGCCAGAGGUUGGCCUGGCGCCCAGCAGAGAGCCUCUGCAGCCCAGCGUGGAGGAGGAGGAGCACAAGAUAAGGACGAUUGGACCCAAAGACAAAGGGGAUGAGUUGGAGGAGGACAGGUGGAGGACGUUUGAAGAAACAGGAAUUCGACCGAUCCUCCCGCUCACCACCGAGCCCUCCAACACCGCCGACUCCACCCGGCCGUCCUGGGAUUGGUCAGAAAAGACCACGCCGCUCCCCGUCACAGAGGUGGUGUGUUUGGACUGGAGCGAGCUGACUGAACGAGGAUACGUCUUCCUCAACAUGACUCAAAACCUCAACUGUGAGGAGUUUCGUGUGGAUCACGGCGUCCGCUUGUUGAGGAUCUUAGAGCGAGUGUUUGCACGAAGAAUGAACAGCCCCGAGGGAUCAUGGGUACUCUACCUGAGCAAGCCGACACACCAACAACACCAGCUGCUGAUGAACGUGGCGUCCGAGCAAGGAGUCAUCGCCACCAAAGAUGUGCUGGACAUGCUGGGACAGAUAAGGAAGAGUCUGAACAAGGUGGGGAUCCAGAACUACAGCGCUGCAGGUAGCUGUCAGUCUGCGCCCAGACAGACACGCAGCGACUACGGGAAGCUGUUUGUGGUUCUGGUGAUCAUCGGCUCUGUGUGCAUGGUCAUCAUCACGUCAGGAUUCAUUUACAUAUGCUGGCAGAGACGACUACCGGCGACUAAGACGAAUUUCCGUGCUGAGGAACUUCACUUCGUGGAGAACGGCUGCCACGACAACCCCACGCUGGACGUGGCCAAUGACAGCCAGCCAGAGAUGCAGGAGAAAAAGCCGAGCGCCAACGGGCUCGCAGGGGGGGGAGAAGGAGGCGGGGAGGACAGCAAACGCUGGCAGGUGUUUGUAAAUCAAGCAGCAACCGACGAUGACGAGGAGGAGCAGGACACACAUCUCUGAUUGUCCAAGAGGAAGAAGAGGAGAUGGGCUGUGAAGGACGAUACAGAAGAGGAGGAGGAGGAAAUGAAAUGUCUGUAAGAGAGAAGACAGAAAAGGAAAAGGAGGAAAGGACAAAAGGGGAAGGGUCACUGAGGUGUUGUCCAAUCAGAGCGAAGCUAGGAGGAGUUCAUAACGUCAGUGUGGAUGUUCGACAUUGGGGUUAAAAAACAGAUUCAAAUCGAUACGAAACUCAGAGAAGCAGAAGAACAAAACGACAGCCGACCCCUCUCUCUCUCUCGCCCUAAUCUGCCCCACCUGCAGACUCCCAACACGUACGCGACAGGUAGAGAACGAGCAGAGACAGAAAUACAGUGUAUAUCUGAAAUCUACCCCGAUGUCUGACUCCAGAGACGACACCGACUCCUCUCAGCUUCUCCUCUAAACCACAGAGCAGGACAUUUGGCGUGUAGCUCCCUGAGGGUGAUGUUCUGGCGUGUAGCUCUCUGAGGGUGACGCUCUGGCGUGUAGCUCUCUGAGGGUGACGCUCUGGCGUGUAGCUCUCUGAGGAUGACAUUUUGGCACUUUAUCGACUCCUCUUGCACUUACAAUGACUCUAAUGUUUGAAAUGCUGCAUCAUGUUAUAAAAUAUAAAACAUACCGUGACUGAAAUAAUCUCCUUUUUGCUCUUAGGAAUGAUUCGUUCUGCUGAGGAUGUUCCGUGUACACUCACUAACCUUCUGUCCUGUUAGCCUGACCUGCUUUAAAUAGUGUUCGAAUGGCUGCUGUACGCUAACGCCGGCUAACUCUUGAGGCUAUGACACACGGACAACUUUUAGCUAACAAAAAGCAUGAAUAAAAUAACUCGUUACAGUGUUCAAGUUGAGUCGACGGAACCCCGAGUCACAGUGGAGCCUUGAGUCCUGAAUGUUGAAUGUUUCAUUUUGAGUCACAUGGUUUUAUCUCAAUGACGACAGUUAGCUGUGUCCAAGUGUCUUCUAUUGCGUUGUUAGUCAUGUCCUGGUCAUUUAGAUCAUUUCAACGUCUCUUCAGUCAUCUCAAAGUCAUUUCAGGUACGUCCGAGUAUCUUCAGGCGUGUCCUGGUCCUACCUUACUGAACUGACCUGCUGAACCGGACCCCCUGGUGGAAACGGGGUCAGGUCUCUUUAGUCAUGUCCUGGUUGUUGCAUCAAAACAUUUCAGUUUCAGAUGGUCGACAGUGGGAUGAGAUAAAUUCAUCUUAGUUUGCUGGAUAAGAGAAGUUUAGGAAUCUAAUGUAAAAUAUCGACACUUGGAGGAUCGUAACACAUCUGACUGACAGAAAUAAGUGGAUAUAUUUUUAUGUCUGAUGGUCAAUAAGAACGUGUUUGUCAGCGUUUGGUGACCUGGGAUGGAGAGAAACUGUAGCUAGCAGCAGACACUCUGUCUUUGUGUUACCUAACUCGUACUCUGAUUAUUCCUCUUGAUCAUUUCGUUUCUGCAGUUGUCCGUCUCCGCUCCUGGUGGAAUUGCCAGUCUUUGUUUCGUCUGUUUCAGCUCUUCUUCUCUGACUUCUCUCGCUGUAACUUGCACUGCAAAUGGCUUCUCAAUAAACGACGCAGAUCGAAAUGCACUUUGUCAUCUGAGCGGGAUUCACAGAACAUCCAGGACGUCUGACAAAUGUCCAUCUUAAACCCUCAUAGUUGCCUGCGAUGUAGACCAUCUGUUUCUGAGAGCACAAACAAGAACAGGCAGAAAUGUUAGCAUGUAGCUUUUAGCCCCGCCGCCGCCACUAAUAUAUCAAAACAAACCGCUUCUGUUGCUUUGAGUUGCUGAAACUUGAAUAAGAGAAUAAAAGGGACACUUUGUUUCCAUGAAUCAACUGAAUGCUGAACAGAUUCUAAUGAUUUAAAGUUAUUCUCCACACGUUUCUGUUAUAGCAGCCUCACGUAUGUUAGCAUAUGUUAGCAAUGCUAGUGCAAGUCAAUGGGAAUUCAGCUGUAGCAAAACACAACUGACUGUUUGUUAAAAAAAAAGGAUAUCAAGCUUUGUUACCAUCUUUCUUUUAUCGUGUUUACAUUAAUACAUACAACGUAUUUCUUUAGAUUUUUUUACGGGUCUUUUUAAAAAAUGUUUCUGUUUACAUGUCUUUUUUUUAUCUCAUACUGUUUGCUCUUUGGUUGUCUGUGUCAUCAGUUAAAUGUGAGAAAUAAACUUUGGACAAAAAUGUGAUUCUUGUUUUAAUGAUGUGUGCCACAAUUUCAUGUCUUGGCCUGCUCUUCUUGGAGUAGAGUCAGAUGUUUAGAGUUUUAAUGGUAUUUUUAUACAUGCAUUCUUAACAGACGCGACAAGUUUUGGUUAAUCAAGCAGUUUUAAUAGUU